CAAUAAAUCCAACAACAGCCUAUAUAGGCCUAUCCCUACCCUCCAUUGUAUUUUCUCCCAAUCAUCUUGAAUUCGAAAUUGAUUUGGGUGUGAUGGAUAAAUCCGCCGUACACCACCCUCAGCUCCCUCUCAAGACCCGCAUCAGCCUCUUCCUCCUCAGCGCCGUCACCAACGCCACCAUGCGCCCCGACGGCACCGUCAACCGCCGCCUCUUCUCCACGCUCACCUACCUCUUGAAGGUCCCUCCCUCCUUCUCCCACGGCGUCACCACCUCCGACGUCCCCGUGGACCCCUCCCGCGGCCUCUGGUUCCGCCUCUUCGUCCCCCGCCACUCCGAUCAGAAACUCCCCGUGCUCGUCUUCUUCCACGGCGGCGGCUUCGUCUACCUCUCCCCCGACUUCAAGGCCUACGACGACGUCUGCCGCCGCUUCGCCCGGGCGAUCCCCGCCGUCGUCGUCUCGGUCAACUACCGCCUCGCCCCGGAGCACCCGUACCCGGCGCAGUACGACGACGGGUGCGAGGUGCUCCGGUUCCUCGAGGCGGAGCGGGGCCGGAUCCUGCCGGAGAAGGCCGACCUGUCCCGCUGCUUUGUGGCCGGGGACAGCGCCGGGGGCAACCUGGCCCACCACGUGGCUCUGCGCGCAGAGCCAGGUGAGCUCAGGGUACUGGGAGUGGUGGCAAUACAGCCGUUCUUCGGGGGAGAGCAGGUCCGGAAAUCGGAGAUUGAGCUGGAAGGGGUGGAUGUGGUUGUCAACUCUGCCCGGACGCAGUUCAUGUGGAAGGCGUUCAUGCCCCGGGCAGACCGCGACCAUGAGGUCAUCAAUGUCUGCGGGCCAAACGCAGUUGACAUGUCGAAUAUUCGUUUUCCGGCGACCAUGGUGGUGGUGGCGGGAUUCGACUCGCUAAAGGACUGGCAGAUGAGCUACUACAACUGGCUAAUUGAAUCAGGAAAAGAAGCUUAUCUCAUCAACUACCCCAACAUGUUCCACGCCUUCUACAUUUUUCCUGAGCUUCCUGAAUCUACGCUCCUCGUUUCCGAAGUCAAGAACUUCAUCCACAAACAUUCUAGUUAGUUACUUUGUUGGAUUCAUCUUUCCACUUCAGAAUGUACUACUCUUUUCUCUUUUUAAAUAAAAUUUAAAAACCAUCAAGUGAUUCAA